AUGACAAAGACAGCUUAUUUGAUGAGAAAAGCUCAGUUGCAAAGCUAUGCUCAAAAGAACAAUCUGGAUCAACCGGUUUUUACAUUUAAAGUUGAGGGACUACCUCAUGUAAUUUUCUAUAAGGCUACUGUUGUUAUUGGUGGGAAAUCAUUCGACAACCCAACUUUUUUCAACACAAGAAAAGAGGCAGAACAUGCUACAAGGUUUAAUUUCUUCAGCGGUGAACAAUUACGGAAACACAGCGUUCAUGAAAGCGUUUGUAGGGAAGAUAUUAAGGGACGUGAUCAUAAUGAAGCGGAAGCCAUUCAGAGGUUGAAUCUUCACAAAGCUUCUACUAUUGGGAAUCAUCUUCUAUGGCCUGUGGAGAGGAUGAUUGAGCUUAGGGUUGCUGAUGCAGAUGUGCGUGAACAUAGUGAACAAGAAGCUUUGAAGGAUGAUUUGAAGAGGGCGUUUCACGAUGAUUCUUUAAGGAAUAUUGUGUCUGGUCUUUCUGUUGUUAUUCCUCAUUGUACAUCAAAGCUUUCACAUGUUGUUUGUGCCGACACUAUUUUGGCUUCUACUCAGGUGAGAAGGAAACUAGUAGAAGACUGGCUUCCUAUUUUGGUUGUAUGCAAAUAUCGUGUUUCACUCGCAAUAGAAACAACGUGA